UGGAACUUGGAAGAGGUUCAGUUUUCCUCAGAAUACGACGUGUGUGCUUCGAGUUUGCAGAAGUUUUUCCUCGCCUGUGGCCACCCUGGAUUAAUUUUUUUGUUCAGACAGGAUGACAGAUUUAGGUAAGUGCGAAGUUUGUGCUGCCAGUGCUUCCCAAAAAUGUGGUGGAUGUGGAACUGUAUUAUAUUGUAAUCGAGAACAUCAAGCAGUUCAUUGGCCCAAACAUAAAAUACAAUGCAGUCCAGUGAAAAUUACUUUUUGCUCAAAAAUUGGUCGUCAUAUGGUAGCUACAAGGAAAAUUUAUCCGGGUGACUUAAUACUUAAAGAAUCACCCUUUAUUUUGGGACCAAAAGUUGCCCCUUUACCUGUCUGUGUUGGAUGUCUUCGUGAAUUCGACAAAGAGGAAACAGUGGAUUAUUGCAGAUCGUGUGGCUGGCCAGUCUGCGAAUCAAAAUGCUCAAAUUCAUUCUGGCAUUUGAAAGAGUGUGAAAGUUUGAAAAAUUCGGGAUGCAAUAAAUCAGCGUUGAUAAAAUUUGGGGGAAAAAACCCUGUCUACGGUGUUCUGACUCCGCUGAGGUGCUUACUACUUUCCUCACGAGACAUGGAAAAGCUGAAUUCUUUACAAAGUCACCUGGAAGAAAGAUCUAGGACAGCCUUGUACCAAGCCUACCGCAAAAGCAUUGUGCCAGCUAUACGGGAAACCCUAAAGAUGCCCUACGACGAAAACGAUAUCCUCAAAGUGUGCGCAAUUCUGGACACCAAUACAUUCGACAUUCGGACAGGACGAAGACGAGGUCGUGGAAUUUACUGCAAAUCAGCGAUGAUGGCCCACAAUUGUCUUCCCAACACUCGUCACAUUUUUGAGGAAGAAACAUUAUCAAUUUCAAUAUACGCAACUAGAGAAAUUUCAAAAAACGAAUCUGUAACAGCAACCUAUACACAAACUUUGUGGGACACGGCGCGACGAAGAGCUCAUUUAAAAAUAGCAAAAUGCUUCGAUUGCACUUGUGAAAGAUGCUGUGAUCCCACUGAACUGGGAACAUUUGCUUCCUCAAUUUUAUGUUGUAUUUGUGGAGGUCUCGUGGUCAGUACAAAUCCACUUGAGAAUUAUUCUCAAUGGAAAUGCUCCAAGUGUAAUCAAGUAUUCUCUGGAAGACAAAUAGCUCUCAAGAAGGAAGAAAUCCGGUCCGGAAUCUGUUCUUUGAACUUUACUCAGGCAGAUAAACUUGAAGAGUAUUUAAUAAACCAUAAAAAGAUUGUCCAUGGGACCAAUAGUUAUGUUCUCGAAAUAAAUUACGCACUCACACAACUCUACGAUGACCGAUUUUCAAAAUUUAAAGAUUUAGAAGAAAAAAUUGAUUACCUAACCGAAAAUAAACUGAAAAGAAGAAUCGAAUUAUGCCGUCUGUUGUUAUCAGUUGCUGAUAAAAUAGAUCCAGGAUUUACUAGAUGGAGAGGACAACUAUUACUUUCUUUGCAAGAAGCUCUUUUCUUGCAAGAAAAAUUAAAGGAAUACCCUGAGAAACAAAAAAACCAAGAAAAAUUCAAUGAAGCGAAGACGAUUCUUCAAGAAGCAACAAAGAUUCUGAAAAUCGAGUCGGAUUUUGCUCCAUUACUCUCUAAACAUUUAUCAAAUUUAAAAUCGUUAACCUAAUAUCUAAUCUACAUUUUCUUGACGAAUCAAGAUUCCGUUAAACUAAAUGAAGGAUUUUCUAAAUUGGGAUGUAACUGUGAAUAAAACAGAGUAUAUAUAAAAUAUAUAUAAUGUAUGUACAAUAGCGUAUAAAAUACAACAUUAUUUGUAAAUUAAUUCACUUUCCCUUCGAAGCAUUUUCAUAUAUAACUCUCUUUAUACUCAGAAUUCACGUUUGGCGAACAAUAGAAACGAUUCGUCCUAAAAAUA